UUACUCUCGCAUGCAAAACCGUCCUUCUGUUUUCUGUAAACCAAUCAGCCUCUCCACAAACACUGGCUAAUUACAAGUUAAUGAUGUGGCGAGUGCACUACCUUCUCGGCGGAAAAACAAGAAAUGUCCCGUAAUGCUCGUGUAUCGAUCUAUUAUUUCGCCUACAAAAGACAUUAACAUUUGAAUGUUCAUUUACAUAGUCCUCAUGCGUAUUUCCAGCGUGGAUGAUGGCGAAUUAUACCUACAGAUGCUACAAAGCUUGAAAACUGCAACUCUGGACAACCUUUGACCUUUGUGACGUCACCACAUCGUGUUCAUCAGUUUAUACAUGCUUUUUCCGCGGAAGGCCCACCGCUUGAGAAGGAAGCUAGCGCGGGAAAUAUCUCGGUUGGUCUUGGCACGGGGAUCUCUCCCUUUGGAUCGGCAUUCGGUUUCAUAUAGCUUGGGUUGGCGUGUCGCCGCUUCACACGGGUUUACUCGCCUGCUUCUGUUAGCUGUGUCGUGCACGCGCACAUUGUCGUCUGCUUGGAACGUUUGUUUUACCAGACGACAGAAUGGAUUUCCCUGAAGAGUCAGCUAAAGUGAACACUCACGUAAGUGUAUCGCCCCAGCCCGAAGAAACAACCGGACUUUUGGGAAACGUGAAAAGAUGCGGUAUGAGAUGCUUAAAGGGCUCCAAGGAAAAUUUACUUUUAAUUUUGCUACUGUGUUCUGUGCUCCUUGGAGUUGCUAUCGGGUUUGCAGUUCGAAGUGCAAGAACCGAUUUCACGAAAAGAGAAGUAAUGUACCUGAUGUUCCCUGGUGAGAUUUUGAUGCGGAUGUUACGAAUGUUGAUUCUGCCGCUUAUCAUGUCCAGUUUGAUUGCUGGAAUUGCUGGAUUGGACGCCAAAACUUGCGGCAAAAUGGGUCUUCGUACCAUUGCAUAUUUCGCUACAACAACCGUCGUAUCCGUUAUUAUGGGUAUUAUAAUGGCCAUUGCUAUUAGACCUGGAGGCGGGGCCAAUAGAGCAAAACUUAAGAGGUAUGGUACCGCCGCCAAAGUCAACUCUGUCGACACCUUCUUGGACCUCAUAAGGAAUCUUUUCCCGGAUAACCUGAUCACCGCCUGCUAUAAUGCGUAUCGGACCAAAGAGGUGGAGGUUCCCAUCGAGAAGAAGAUCAUCAGCAUUAACGUCACCAACAUCACAGCGACAACGGAGGCAUCGACGGCGUACAACGUAGUAACGGGGAUCUCUGCUGCUUUGAACGGUACAAACGUAACUGAACCGGAAACCGAAUGGAUCCCAUCGCCAGGAAGUACAGGCCAGACGAAUGUUUUGGGGAUUGUCAUGUUCUCCAUCCUCUUUGGGGUGAUGCUGGGUCGGAUGGAGGGUCGUGGGAAGCCUAUCCUGGACUUCUGCAACGUCCUCGUAGAGGUCACCAUGAAGCUCUUCGUCAUCUUUAUAUGGUAUUCUCCUGUGGGUAUCACUUUCCUCAUCGCAGCUAAGAUCGUCGAGAUGGAAGAUUUCGGAGUUCUGCUUGGGAAGGUCGGACUCUACUUCAUCACAGUCCUGUGUGGCUUGGCCGUUCACGGCGUAGUCGUUCUGCCCGGGCUCUACGUCCUCUGUACGCGGCAGAACCCGUACAGAUUCAUUUAUGGCAUAUCGCAAGCUAUGGCCACCGCAUUCGGAACAUCAUCAAGCUCGGCAACCAUGCCUGUGUUAUUACACUGUUUAGAGCAUAAUAACCAUGUGGAUCCACGAGUGAGCAGCUUCGUCAUCCCUGUCGGUGCCACGAUAAACAUGGAUGGUACGGCACUGUACGAGGCUGUAGCUGCACUCUUCAUCGCCCAGGUCAACAACAUGGCUAUGGACUUUGGGAAGGUUGUCACUAUCAGUAUCACGGCCACAGCAGCAUCCAUUGGAGCCGCUGGUGUCCCUCAGGCUGGCUUGGUUACCAUGGUGAUUGUGUUAUCAGCGGUGGGACUCCCUGUCAACGAUAUCACUCUCAUUCUGGUCGUUGACUGGUUCUUGGACCGGUUUCGAACUAUGAUCAACGUCAUGGGGGACAGUCUUGGUGCGGGCCUGGUCUACCAUCUAUCCAAAGACGAGUUACCUCCCUUAGAGCAUGAGAUGUUCGACACCAACCCCCGAGAAGGUUCCCAACGGCCAUGAGGGCAACGCCAUGACUGCUGUGUAAAGGAAGUGACGUCACGCACCGCAUGCGUAUAAACAAUAUGCAAUGUCUCCAACUGCCAUGUUGACCUUCUGUCAAAACGAAAGCAGCGAAAAACGAAAGAUGGUUGAUGUGCGCAUGUGUUCACACAUAUUGCUUAUUCGCGGUGCCGGAAGUCAGAAAGAAGUGCCCCUCGAAGGAUGAAGAUAUUAAAUGAUAGGUAACGGAUGAAUUGUUGCCGGAACCCCUGUCUUGGAGGGACGUAGAAGAGAAAGCCAACUAGUUUUCUAUGCAUAUAGACAAGGCUAGUUUAGGGUCAGUCCAGGUUUUGAUAACAGUCUGUCCUUUCCCGCGAAGGUUAUACUCCGAGUACUCUCUUUGUCUCGAAAUCGGGUAAAUGGAUACAUCGAGUAAUGGAAGUUGUGUUGAGGCAUAAUACCACGAGGUCAUCUCGAGGUUUGCAGUUAUUUCGAAUGUGUGUUCGAGACAACGAGAGUCAACCACGCAAAGAGGGGUCUUAACAAUGGAAUUACGGGGCACCUCAGGGAAUUUACACGCUUAACUCAAAGCUGCAUUUUGCAAGUAUACUGAAAACCAUUUGUAUAAACCGCCACUGGCAUCGAGUAAUGGAGGCUUUCCGGAGGUAUUGUUAUGAUUUAUUGAUCAUUCGUAAUAUCAUGUAAUAAUUACAACUUUCACAAUCUGGUUGAGAAACGAUUCCAAACCUGUAUAAGCCGUUUCUGUCAAAUUGUAUUGAUAUGGUUUGGCGGUGAUAAAAUAUGAAUUUUGUUCAUCUACCGUCGAAUCCUCGUUUGUGUCAGUCAAAACUGAAUACAAUAAGCAUGCUUUUAGAUGCAAACCCUUUCGCGUUCAUUCGUCAAAGAAAACGGGGCUACGAAAUCCAUCUGAAGAAUGUUUUGUUAAUCAAGACGAACCGAAAGCUGAUUUUGAAAAACGGCAAACAUGGUAUGCCAAACGGUCGAGGUUGGGAGAAAUGGUAAAUACGGAUGUACUCAAUACAUUCAAUACGGUUGUACUCAAUAAUAGAUAUGGUUGUGACGUCAUACACAACGACGUAGAUGCCACGGAACAUAUUUCUAUGAUAUUUUUAUCUGCUUUCAAUGGAAGUUUUCAUGGUUGAUAUUUUAGAUAUAUGAAUUUUACUAUCAUUUCUUCGACAUAUAUAUAUGCGUAUAUGUAGUUGUAAAAUCAUACUUGCAAAGUAUACCAAUUAUAUUUUCCCCUGAUAUUUUUUGAAGAUUGAAAAUCUUCCAUUGGCAAAAAGGUUGUGAAAAUAUUAUUGGAAGUAGUUACAUUAUCAUCAAAGACCAUUUAAUCACCCCAUAGCUUUGUUUCCACGAUUUGUCUGGAACAUUCCUCUACGGCUUUGUUCAAGAUGAUUUUAGAUGAAAACUACAAUUUUUUAUGUCUUUGGGUCAUUGUGUGCACUUUCAAAUACAGGAAUUACAUAUUGGCUUCAUCAGGUCCCAACAGCCACCUUGUUGACAUGACAACACAUUUUACAUCAAAUCAAUGUGGACUGACAGAGGUCCAUCCGAUUGGCAAUAUGAAAGACACCCUUCCCUUAUAAAAAUGAAAUCCAUUGAAAAAAAGUUUACGAAGUGAGAAGCUACCACGUGUAAAUAUUCCGUGGUUCCGGGGCACGUCGCCAUCUAUCCUGUUUCCAUAAUUAAUGUCAUAUACGAUCUUUGCUUCAGGAUUUCAUGGUUUGAAACAGAUUUGCGUUCGAGUUAAGUCCAUUACUAAUCAAACGUACAUAACGACGCGAUGCCUGCUUAUGUUCGGACAAAGAAACGCAAACUGGCUUUUUAAAAAAAAAUCUAACUGAAAAUAUAAAAUUGAUUCUCGAUCCAUAGUUUAUUAAAAGAUUGCUAACGUUUCAUUUGAAAUAUCAAAGGAACACAUUGAAUCAUGUUUCCAUAGGUCACGUAUUGUUUCUAUUUUUUCUCGUUGUGUGUGUUAUUACUGAAAUCCAUUAUCAAUAACUAUUAAUACCUGUACAUAUAUUUGUACUCGGAAUAUUUAGUGGAAUUGCCAGCAUUCUCUCAAACAUUAGAAUUUAUACGUUUAUAUGGUGUUUGCCGUUCCAUUUGCACUAUUGAUAUUAAACCUUGUUAUUUAGAGUUUUUAAGAGUGUUUUAUUGAAUACGUUAUUGAGUUAUCACCCAUGUUAUAUUUUAAUACGUUGGAGCAAUUCAGGAUUAUCUCCCUCAUUAUAGAGGGUCCAUUUAUUGUAUAUAAGCAUUGUUUGUCGUUUUUGUUACGUCAUACACUAUGUUUGUUGUAUGAGGAAAUAAAUAACCUCUUGGCUGUUACAUUUUGAAGUAGCAUAAACACAACAACAAAACAUUUAAUACAAAUUACAUACAUCAUAUGCAUUGUAUGGUACAUUUCGUCAAACUACUUCAGGACGUUGUCAGGGUGUCGUUCUCAGACCACCCUUGUUUUCACCAAAUCUUUCCUCAGAAAAAUACUUCCUCAGAUGUUCAUCACGUGGUGUUCACCAUUAAUGUCGUGCAAAACUAAUUUGGGACUUUGUGUUCGUAUGUGAAUAAAAACAAAGAUCAAACAGACGUGAGCUAUAUUGUUGAAAAACCAAACCUGAAAAUCUGCACUUUUUGUGACAAGAGCAUCGCUUAUACAUACGUGUGAUCACGUGAUGGCAAAUACGAUAGGCCGUCUAGUUUGUGUCAAUCAUCAAAAUAUCAACAGCUUUUGUCAUACGUUAGAUUCAUUACUUAAAAACGUCAAAUACCAUGUCGCGUUGCAUGUGGCGUUCUUGAGAUCUUGAUGUGUAAACCAAGUCACAAAUUUUAUGCUUAGAUUAAUUAUCAUCUACAGAACUAACUGCACUAGUUGCUGGUUUAUUUCUCUUUUAGAUUUUUAGAUUGGUGCUAAUUAGAAUUGAUGUUUAUUUUUAGAUCACAAUCUUAAUUCCAUUUACUGAACAGCAAUUAGUUGACAGUUGUAUAUAUAUUUUCAUAUGAAUGUUACGUUUAUCGCACAUUUGUAAGUGUUAUUUCAAAUCAAUUUUGUAAUGAGAAUGUGACCAAGGGGGUACUAAAAAUAUCCAGACACUUGAAUGACAUUGCAAAUCAUUUAACAUCGCAAAAAUCAGGAAAAUAUGAACCUUAAGAUGACCGAAACGACUCAAUAUUAGCCCACUGAAUGCUUAGGUUAAUGUUUAUGAUAUGCCAGAUUCGUAUUCACAGUGUGUAUUAAACAGUUUUUAGCUUGCGAUGAAAGGAACUGUCAUGGAACAUGUACAGUGAAUGGAGCAUGUCAUUGCAGUGAACAGAUAUGACAGUAUCAGUGGUUUAGCAUUUCCCAUGGUGUUGUGUCUCCUCCAUCCUGUUCUAGAUUAUGUAGGACUCUGUAGAGUGCAUUAAAAUAUUAAAACGUA